AUGAUUGUACGGAACCUGUUCAUGCGGCAAAGCCGCCAAUUGAUCGCCUUGAACCGUCAGGCCCCGGUCUUCACUCGAUCCUUGUCCACGGAGGUCGCAAGCGACACGAUAACCCAGACACCCUCUGUAGGAUCAGCCGAGAUUGCUCAAUCACCAGUGGAGCAGGGGAUUCAGACCACAAGCACUGUGCCAGAACCCCGCCCACUAAAGCAAUGGGACGCAUUGGAGAAGCGGAGACACAAGUUCAACACCCUUGGAUCAAAGGUCCAGGAGUCAUACGAUCCCGAAAAUGUCCUCCGCAAUCCUCCCAAGCCCGCCGAUGUCACCCUCGAAAUGCUUCUUGCCGCCGGCACACAUAUGGGCCACUCAACAUCGCGCUGGAACCCGCAAAACUCGCGAUACAUCUUCGGUAUUCGCGAAGGUAUCCAUAUCAUCUCCCUAGACGUCACAGCCGCAUACCUGCGCCGAGCCGCCAAGGUCGUUGAAGAAGUCGCCGCUCGCGGUGGCAUCAUUCUUUUCGCCGGUACCCGCAAAGGACAGAAGCGCUCCGUCGUGCGCGCUGCGGAACUUGCCAAGGGCUACCACAUCUUCGAGCGGUGGAUUCCCGGCUCUCUCACAAACGGUCAGCAGAUUCUCGGCCACUGCAAGACCAAGGUUGUCAAUGCUUUGGAUCAAGAAUUGUCCAAAUUCAGGGUUGAUCUCGCGGAUCGUCCUUCCAUCAAGCCAGACUUGGUAGUUGUGUUGAAUCCCCUCGAGAACGUGGUGCUCUUGCACGAGUGCGGCUUGAACAAUGUGCCCACCAUUGGUAUUAUUGAUACCGAUGCUGAUCCUACCCGGGUCACUUAUCCCAUCCCCGCCAACGAUGAUACCCUCCGCGGCACAAACCUCAUUGCGGGCAUCCUCGGACGUGCCGGUGAAGCUGGCCAGGCACGUCGUUUGAAGAUGGCACAGGAAGGGAAGACCACUUACGAGCCUAUCACGGCCCGUCAACUGCGCUUAGAUCCUCUCACGGGUACGCCUCCGCCUGGCUCUGAGUUGGAGAAGAGUGAGCGCGAUUAG